AUGAAUGGGCUAACUCAGUCACGCGCCCUGGUCAACUCGGUCGAGUUACAACCAUUGAAGCUCCGCCGUUACAACAAACGCUCGUCUUCAUCACCAGUCGGAUUAUUGUUCAGGAAAAACUCCGGUGGAGCAUCCACAAAAACACGCACUUUCGCACCAGAGCCCACACUACGGCAAUUCUCUGUACCUCCAAAACUCCACCGACGAUCCACCACCACUCUCCGCCACCGUUGUUUGACGGCGAUGGAUUCGGAUUCGCUUCCGCACGCUCCAGAACUCGAGGCAACAACAACAAUAAACACUCCCGAUAACCAAGCCAGUUCUUCGAGUUUGGAUGAUCAGAGUGUUGUUGCAAACGAAGAAAGUCGCGAUGCCAAUGACAAUGAAGUUGAAGGUGAGCAAAAGAAAGUGCUUCCGGAAGAGCUAUCACGGAGUGUUCUGGCGCUUUCUUGUGAAUCCUCGGCAGAGGGAGGAAAUUGCGACGUUUAUUUGGUUGGAACGGCGCAUGUUUCUAUGGAGUCCUGCCAAGAAGUCGAAGCUGUAAUCAGUUUCUUAAAACCACAGGUUGUUUUUCUGGAGUUGUGCUCAAAUCGUGUGGCUGUACUCACUCCUCAGAAUCUGAAGGUACCUACAAUGGGAGAAAUGGUGGACUUGUGGAAGAAAAACCAUAACAUGUUUGGAAUACUUUACAGCUGGUUUCUUGCUAAGGUUGCUAGCAAGCUUGAGGUUUUCCCUGGUAGUGAGUUUCGUGUUGCAUAUGAGGAGGCCAUGAAGUAUGGUGGCAAGGUGGUUCUUGGUGAUCGUCCAGUAAAUAUAACAUUACGAAGGACAUGGUCAAGAAUGCCACUAUGGCAUAAGACAAAGUUGAUGUAUUCCUUGAUGUUCCAGUCAAUAUUUUUACCAAGCUCCACACGUCUUAACGAAAUGUUGAAGGAAUUGGACAACGUGGACAUGUUGACGCUUGUUAUUCAAGAGAUGAGCAAGGAGUACCCUACUCUAAUGGAAACCCUUGUACAUGAACGAGACCAGUACAUGUCAUCCAGCUUGCUGAAAGUAGCCCGUGAGCACAGCUCCGUGGUUGCAGUUGUCGGAAAGGGGCACCUUCAGGGAAUAAAGAAGUACUGGGAGCAGCCUGUUGAGGUUAAAGAGCUUCUGGAGUUACCUUCAACCAAACCCUCUGUUUCGGUUUCAAAGGUUUUGUCAACCGUCGGAGUAGCGGUUGCGGGUGUUGCCAUUGUUUCCGGUAUCUAUCUUUCAACCCGGAAAUAGUUCCAUUACCCUUUGUUUCUUAAACUAUGUUAAAUGGCUUUUGGACUUCUUUUCUACUUCUUUGCGGUGCUCGAAACUGGUGUUUUGCAACGACAAAUAGGGAAAACAAACACACACACAUUAACCGGAUACAAUCGUUUUACUUUUACAUUUUUGUUUUAUAGUAAGUUUGGCUGCUUGUCAUUUGGAUACUAUUCAUAAAAACAUUAAACUUGUUUUUAGAGGCCUUAAAAACUCCAAAUUUUGUGUUUUGUUUUGUGUUCAGUCAAACUUAACACAGAUU